AUGAUGGCCACAGGGCAGAUUUACAAUUGCAAAGUACUUGGUUUCGAUGUUCAAAAUGUAACAUGUCACCCUCUCGGAACAGAUGGAACAGCUCAAGACGCUAUAUUCGGACGGUUUGCUGGUUAUUCUGAUUUCUUCAGGGAUGAUAUGUGGUUUGGAGCCGUAAUCGCUUUGGUUCCCAACGGAAAGUUAUUGAUUUGCUCACCAAGAUGGACAAAUCCUUACAAGGAUACACAUUUACUUGCAAACGGUGCGUGUUACAUCCAGGCCCAAAGAAGAGCCUUGAGUCUCCUUCCACUAAAAGACAUGACCCGACAAGCGUUUAUGACACAGGGUUUAAGGAAAGAGUACGGUGAAUAUGGAACCCAUCUAAAUUUUUAUGCUUACGGCCAAGCGGGUUUCUCAGCUAAAGUAACAGAAAACAAUAGCGUUAUCAUUGGAGCGCCAGGCCUCUUACAAUGGACGGGCGGAAUCGUGGAAUACAAAUAUUACCCAGAUCCAAGAAGUGUACUUUUUGGUUUGCAACCUAUUACGAAUCCGUAUUACACACCAGAUUUGGGGCCAGAUGACUACUUAGGAUACAGUGUGGAGUCUGGAAUAUUUGAAAAAAAUGGGAGGACAUUGUACGUAGCUGGAGCUCCAAGAUCCAAAGGUGGUUAUGGUCAAGUAUUAAUAAUUGAGCCAUCGUUUAGAGAAAACGGACCUCUGAACAUUAAAGCCAAGUUGAUAGGUCAUCAGCUGGGAUCCUACUUCGGCGCCAGCAUGUCAUGUACUGAUAUAAAUGGUGAUGGUAUAUCGGAUUUGUUGGUGGGGGCACCAAAUUUCGUCAUUCACGAUGGAGGUCUUCAUUACGACCAAGGGGCGGUGUUCGUAUAUAUAACAGAAAGUCAGGAAUCAAAUUUCACUCUGAUUGAACAUGCUUAUGUGUUUGGAUCAGCACGAAGCGGAUCGAGGUUUGGAAGCGCCAUCUCUAGUUUAGGAGAUAUAGACGGGGAUGGUUACAAUGACAUAGCUAUUGGCGCUCCCUGGGAGAAUGAUGGGAUCGGAGCAGUAUACAUUUAUCGUGGGGGCGCCGAUGGGUUAGUCCAGCCAUUUGUACAAAAAAUUGUUGUUGAAGAAGCGAGAAGUUUUGGUGUAUCGAUUUCCAAGGGCGUAGAUAUAACUAACGACAACUGUAAUGAGCUAGCUGUAGGCGCUCUCAAUUCCCGUACAGCAUAUAUUUUCAAAUGCAUACCAACAAUUCAUGUGGACGUUUCUAUUAAAGUCCCGGAUGCAAUGAACUUGCAACAAAACGCUACCAACUUCACUGCUUUGUUCUGUGUUAAUGCACGCUCUAGUAAAUUGUGGCCUCAUGUGAAAAUAGACUUUAUAGGCAGAAUAGUUAUUGAUCCGAAGGAAAACAGGGCAAAGUUAAAAGACGACACUGAAUAUGACAUCACAAUUAGACCAGGACUUGAGAUUUGUGAUGAACAAAUUGUAGAAGUGACGACAACAGCAGAUUUGUCUAAGCCAAUAUCCAUGAAAUUCAAUUUGGAGGUCAAUGAAUAUGCGGAUACUUCGGAUAUGCAGCACGCCGCUAGACUUGAGGAAAACUCUAUUUUAGAAACUACAUUAGAUAUUCAACUAACGAGAGAUUGUGGAGAAGAUCUCAUUUGUAAGCCCUUGCUAGAAAUGAAUUUGGAACCUUUAAAUAGUCCAUACGUUCCAGGGUCAGAACACAGGCUGGGAUUAAAAGUGACGGUUUUGAAUAAAGAGGAGCCAUCAUAUGGGGCCAAAGUUCAUCUCAUUGUUCCUUCUUCACCGAAGCGUCUCCCAACUGAAUGCUCUUUACAAAACUUAAAUAUAACUUGUAUUCUCCCGGCACCAUUGCCAAGAAUGAAUUCAGUAGUAUAUGAAAUAGAAUUAGAAUAUGUACCUAUAGACAAAGCUGAAGAUGUAUUGAAAAUUAAGGCUAGACUAGAAGAUCCUCUAUUUGAAGAUUCUGAUAUAGAACGGAUAUUCCAGGAGUUAGAGAUUGUUAUUACACCUAAAGCAAACUUUGCCGUUAGCGGAAAAUCAUUACCCAACGCGACUAUAGUAGUGACAAGAGACAAAUUUCAUGGGGACGAAAAUAUAACAUUUGUUCAUCAGUAUGAGGUCAACAUGUCGACUCGACUUAAAGAAUGUUUGGAACUAGACCGAGUAACUCAUUGCGAAUGGAUGCUUCCAGCAAAAGUUUCUUUACCUGUGGUUUUACCUCUACGCUUUGAUUUACAUGACUACGGUGAAUUCUUAGAAGAAAAUGUUAUGUACAACAUCACCUCUACAAUGACCAUUCUAUUGGAAAAUCAGAAUAAGUCUGUUUCGACGACCACAACUUUGAUUUUGGAGCCUGAGCAACCGUAUUGGCCAGUUAUUGUUGGUUGCAUAGCAGGCCUCCUUCUACUUUCUGCUAUCAUUACAGGAUUUUAUAAAUGUGGAUUCUUCUCGAGAAAAAGAAUUGAAGAUUUUCAAAGACUUCAGGAACAACAAGCUGAUGGAGCUUCUACUUCAGAUGCGAAUAUUUCAGUUGGUUCGCUUGGCGAGAACGAUAAAUCAACACAAGAAUUGAUUGCUGAUGACUCAGAUUGA